AUGCCCCCUGAAUAUGGGGCAGUCUACCCAUCGGAAGGUGACACCGGUGCCGACGCUCCGGCCGGUUACGUGACCAUGUGGGCAGACUUUUUUGGUGACUGCAAGUUCCGGUUACCUUUGACCGUUUUUGUUGUCGAGGUUUUGGAGUGGUACAAGGUCCACAUUUCUCAAAUGAGUCCGUUUGAUAUGAUCCGGAUUCGAAAUUUCGAAUUUACAUUUCGUGCUCUUGGUAUAGAGCCUACCGUUGGAGAUUUCCGACGGUUUUAUCAACUGACGGUGUCCUUGGGGUUCUUUUCUUUCCGUCAGCGAGAGGGUAGUCCCAAGCUGAUGACUCCUCCCAAGGGGUUGACGAUGUGUAAGAAGAAGUUCUUUUACAUCAAGGCUGCUGCCAUUGUUGCAAAGAUGACGUUUCGGAACGUGACCGAGACGAUCAUAGCAGAGACCAUUGGGGUCCCUAGUGUGAAGACGGUGGAGUGGUUUCCGCAGUUGCAGACCAUUGAGUCUGUGAAGUUGACCAACACCCAGUUGUGGGUGUUGCGCAUGAUGUUGACAAGGAGGAACAAGAAGUCGAAGCCCGUGGUGCGGGAGAAAAGUGGUGAGGACGCUCCCGUGUGGAGGAUGUUUGCCCCGGAUUUCCAGGGUCAGGUGGAAAAAGUUGUUUGUGCGGAUGGCGAGGAGGAGUUUAAUGUUGCGACCCAGAUAUUCGAUACCGUUGACUCGUCCAACAAUCUGAUCUCUCCCAAUGAGGGAGAUAAUUUGAGUGUGCGGUUUGCUGAUACUGGGAAGCAACAGUCUGAUGCUGAACCGCAAAAAACUGGUGCUGAAGCGCGGCAGCAUGAUGCUGAGCCGCGUAGGUUUCCUGCUGGUGAGAAAGGUACCGGUUCGUCUGCCGGUGGUGCGGGGGGAUGA